AUGUGGUGGUUCUACCGCAAAGGGCCCUCGGGCUUCUCCGGCGCCUCAACGGCUGAGGAGGUCACUGCCAGCGUCGACGGCCAUGAUCUCGUCGCCGUCAUCACAGGUGCGACGAGCGGCACCGGGCUAGAGACGGCGCGCGUUCUGGUGCUGCGCGGUGUGCACGUCGUCAUGCCCGUCCGCAACGUCUCGCCCGGGCUCGCGGCCAAGGCGGCCAUCGUGGCCAAGAUCCCCGGCGCUAGAAUUGACGUUCUGGAGUUGGACCUCAGCUCCAUAGCUUCCGUGAGGAGAUUAGCCUCCGAGUUCGACUCUUUGAAACUGCACCUCAAUAUUCUCAUGUUUGAAGAACGAACAAAUCCAUAG